AUAAACGCAGGAUGGAAGGUGCGAAACACCAACGAGAGAACCCCUGGGAUGUUCACAUGGUCGAGGCGACGCCUGCCACGCUCCAUGUGUGGCGCGUGAUCGGUGACGAAUCAGGGGUUGCCGCGUAUGCCGCCGCGCGUGCCCCAUCGGUGCCGGCGACGACAGAAAGCGACUGGAGCGCCAUGUACUUUCAACUUUCACCAGGUAACGCAGUGGGCACGCUGGGCUACCGCUGGGACCAAGGCUACCCCGUGGCCCGCCUCGUCCGAAUCUCCCUGCCACUUGGCGCCUGCGGUGCCGUCGCCCUGGUGGUGGAUGACACUGGGGAGAAGGUGGAAGCAGGAGCGGAAUUUGCCAAAAGAGAAAAUAAACUCCCGGGGCUAAUGGUUUCAUCAGACAUUCCGGGUGCCUUCAAGGCGGCCGUUCUCAAGUCCAGGCUAGGCGUUCCGUCAGACGAGCCGCUGCUACCGGCGUUGGGACGACGACAACCCCCGGUGGUUCUCGUUUGCCGGGAGAGCGUCGGCGAGUGGGAGGUGGCCGUGCCACACAAUCUCCUGGGGGUUAUGGCGCGCGGAAACGCCUGGGAGGAGCGGCGUGUGGCUGAAUUCAGGCCUCAUACCGGGAUCACCGCCGAGGCGAGGUUGUGUAGGCCGAAGUGCGCGAAAACGGAGGAAGGGGCCGUCCCGUGGCACAGGUGGCGCGACGGCGAAGAUGUUAUGUCGUUGGGAAUAGCAGUCGAGGCAGAGGGCGAGUCGAUCCGGUGGCUAAGUGGGGCCAUCGCGUCGCCCGUGGCCGAGAACGUUGCGCGAACAGACCCCGUUUAGACCACUUUCAGUUGAAACACGUCUAAACGUUGUCGUCGGUGAACACGGUCGAAAAUACGCCAUAUGGGCAGACGGGUCUGUCGAGGAAAACUGUUACAACGUAGUCAGGCACAGUUUACCAUAGGUGCGACUGCGGCAGCUAGCCUUCCGUAGACAUAAUACAGAAAGAAUAAAUGGUACUUAGCAGAGCACAUGAGCACAGAGUUGUAGCGGAGAUAAUUUGGCAGGCUACACUGUAGUCGUUUUAUUGUUCCGAACCCCGAAGUUCCGGUACUCGGGCCAAUACCCCGGAGACCCUCGGAACCUGCUGCGUUUGCUGCUUGUUUUU